CAACCCUAAUAGUGUUUCGUUCUCUCCAUUCAUUCUUUACAGGUACUGUUCCAAGAAACUUUACAGGCAACUAGGAACCAACAGCCAGCGACGUGCUCAUUGACAUCUUAUUCUCUCCGUACUCCACCGAUUAACCUUCUUCUUCUAUUCUCCACAACGUCCUGUUCCAAGAGAUUCCACCACAUCCAACAUCCAGCAAUCGAGGACGUGCUCACCGACAUCCUAUUCUAUGAAUACUCCUCCUCCAUCGCUUAGCCUUGUUUUUCUUAUCUCCAACAGUAGUGUGUCCUCUUCCCAAGUACAAGAAGAAAACUCCGAUGGUUAAUCAACUUCAAAUGGGAAAUAGAACUUGUCGUCCUAAAAUACCAAGGGAAGUAAGCAAAACGACUGACGAUUGUUCCCACCUGCGCUCCCCCUCCGACUUAUCUCCAAAAGCUUCUUUCCUUCUUUUAUUUUACAGCUGCAGCAACCUUUUCUAAAGGUUGCGGUUUUCGGGAAGAUGGGAGACCUUUAUGCCUUAGAUUUUGACGGAGUUCUGUGUGACAGCUGCGGAGAGAGCUCUCUCUCUGCUGUCAAGGCUGCUAAAAUAAGAUGGCCUGGCCUCUUCGAUGGAGUGGAUUCGGCCAUGGAAGAUUGGAUCGUCGAUCAAAUGCACGUCGUUCGCCCUGUAGUGGAAACUGGAUAUGAGAAUGUAUUACUUGUUAGGUUGCUUUUGGAGAUCCGGAUGCCUACAAUUCGCAAGUCUUCGGUGGGUAUAAUCUUGAUGCAAAAAUUCCAUUUCUCUGUGUUUUCUGAAAUCAAAGGCAACCAUCUCCUUCCUAGGGGUGGUGAUGGACUCACCAUUGACAGGAUACUGGACAACUGGUCAAAGCUGAAACCUGUCAUUAUGGAGGAGUGGGAUGAAAAUAGGGAAUCUUUAAUUGAGCUUUUCGGAAAGGUAAGGGAUGAAUGGAUAGAGAAAGGCCUAUCAAGUUGGAUUGGUGCUAACAGAUUCUAUCCAGGUGUACCAGAUGCCUUGAAAUUUGCAAGUUCAAGAAUAUAUAUUGUCACUACAAAACAGGCCCGAUUUGCUGAUGCAUUGUUACGUGAGCUGGCAGGAGUAACAAUCCCAUCUCACAGAAUAUAUGGUCUUGGAACUGGUCCCAAGGUAGAAGUGUUGAAGCAGCUUCAGAGCAAAGAAGAGAACAAGGGGUUGACACUACACUUUGUGGAAGAUCGACUUGCUACUCUGAAGAAUGUCAUCAAAGUGCCUGAGCUUGAUGGAUGGAAUUUAUAUCUGGGGGACUGGGGUUACAACACGCAGAAAGAGAGGGAGGAAGCGGCAACCAUUCCUAGGAUUCAGCUGCUGGAGCUCUCGGACUUCAGUAGAAAGCUGAAAUAAGUUUAUAACAUCUUUUAUCUUGUUACGUAAUUGAUUUCCACCAUAUAAUCAAACUGUGAUGUCUUUUAACAUGUAGCCGACCCCAUAUAGUUGGGACAAGGCUUAGAUGAUGAUUACAUCUUUCAAACAAGUUAGACUUUCCCUCGAAAAGGAAGUAUGGAACUGUUGGAAAGCAUUUGCAAUAAGAUGCUACGAACGACAUUUGGUGUUUCUGCUGAA